AUGGAUACAGACAUUCUGUUAGGGAACAAGGAUUACUUAUACGAUGCUGAUCUUUUAGAUCAAUUUACCAAUGAAUAUCAAUGGUCGUCACUGUUGGAUGUGACUGAUGCAUCACCAAGUGAGAUAUUGGCUGAUGCUGCUCCUGUACUUGUGCCAUCUAUUUCACCUGCCAUAAGCAUUAAAUCAUCACCAAAUGAGAGCAGUAGUUCAGAUUCUGGCAGUGAAGAUGAUUCAAAAAACUCAAGUAAUACUUCAGCUCGUCAGUCGUCACUAUCACCUUUGGAUUGGACUUUUGAUGAUGACUCAAAUAACUUAAAAUUGGAAGAUGUUGAACAGUUUUUACAAAAAUCUGCUCCUAAUAAUAAACCAGAACUAUCUGCAAAUAUACGCAAUGGUAUAACAGAGAAGAAUGGUCUUGUAAUGGCUAUUGAAAAUGGGAUUAUUAAGGGUGUUAAAAUAGAAUAUGAUGACUGUGAUGAAAAUAUAAGUAAGUCAGAUAAUAACUUUGUGCAAAAUGCCUAUUAUAAAGUUGUGAAUGAAAAUUCUUCCAUUAACAAUCCCAAGAAAGAGGAUAAUAAAAUUCAACAGGUUAUGGAGGAAAAGAAAAUACCAGCUAUUCUUAAAAAGCAGCAAUAUAUUUAUAUUAAAACUCCAAAUAUUGCAAUUCCCACUGAGAGUACAAAAAGAAGUCAAAUUACAAUAUCGCCACUGUCACAAACAAAACUAAGUGGUGUUAAAGCAGCUUGUGAUUACCAAAUUAAGUUUCCAAUGCCAGAGAAUAAUAUUGUUGUCAAUCCCAAACUAAAUGUGCCUGGUGAUGAGAUCACUCAUAUAAGAUUAGUACAAAAUGGAUCCAAAUCAAUAGAAACAGAAGAACCAAUGAGCCCUAGUAUAGAUUUAUCAAAUUUAAGUGAGGCUGAGAUAAAAGCUAUUAAGAAACAGCAGAGAAUGAUAAAGAAUCGAGAGUCAGCAUGUCAGUCCAGACAAAAGAAGAAGGAGUAUGUGGCAGCUUUAGAACAGCAAUUAUUAGAGGCACACAAGGAGAUAGCGCGACUACGUCUAGAAAAUAAAUUAUUAACUGAUCAACUACAAAGUAUUGGAAGAUGUCGUAAGAUACCGCGACUGGACACCUCGAUUUUAAUACCUAAGAAAAAUAUUGCUGUACUUUUUGCCAUGGUGUUCAUGGUUUCCUUAAAUUGGAAUGUAUUAGGAUGGAAUAAUAAUGCACCAUUUGUUGGUCCAACCACACACCAAAAGGCUACUAGACAUUUAUUGUGGGCUGAAGAAAAUCCUGACGUUAUACCUGACUAUGAUACAUUUGUUAACCGCAGUAACGAUAACGCCGAUUGUCACAAUAGCACCCUAACAGAGUUUCAAAACAUAAAUCAAACAGAAAGCAUUAGAAUAGCGGGUGAAUUGAAACGAUGGAUUGGCGGUGGCAAAACUUUGAAUUUAACAAAAUCUUCACAAAAAGAAUCCAAUGCUUACACUAAUGAUGAGAAAAUCGAUGCUGGACUAUUUGAAACGUAUGGCCUGUUUAAUAAAUUGGAUUUAGACAACAGUUUAUUAGAUUUUCCAACUGCCAAUAAAAAUUCACAGAAGCGUCCUAGGCAAAAAUUACGCAUGCACAGAUUAAAACGCAACAAAGAUGGAGAAUUUUCCGAAGAUAAUGCUUAUCACUAUGGGAAACUUUAUCACAAACCAAUACGAAAAAUGAAUGAUUUCAAUAUGGGUGACUUUGGUGAAUGGAAUGCAUUACUACAAGCGUUGCAUAGACGCGAUGAUACGUUUUACGUUGUUGGUGUUGGUAAAGGGGAACAUCUAUUGUUGCCAGCCGUCUCACAUAACGUGACCAGACCACCGAAAAUGGCAUUGAUUCUGCCAGCAAGGACCGGGAAUGAUUCUUUAAUGAAUGAUCAUGUUACACUUAUGCAAAUAGACUGUUCUGUUGUGAACACAUCUCUAGUCAAACUUAAAUCCGAUACGUUACCAGAAAGCUUGAGAACAAGGAACAAAAAUAUAUCAAAGUCACCCAUUUCUGUAUAUAAUGAUCCGAAAUUAAAAUCUAAUAAAAUUGAAUAUUUUAGAAGUAAUAAAGAUCCAGUAGAUAUUAGUCUCUCAUUUUUAAUGCAGAAUUCAAGCAACAAUGUAUCUAGUAUGGUAGAAAAUAAGACAAAAGGUACGCCAAACAAUCGCUUCGGUUGA